AUUUGAACUCGACUUCCCUCCGCAUUCGCUCUUCCUCUCGUUUUAGCGAAGUUAGUGUUUUCAACGUUCCUUUUUUUGAAUUUAAAAGAUUUUAUUUCCAAAAUGAGAGAAAUCGUUCAUUUGCAAGCGGGCCAAUGCGGUAACCAAAUUGGUGCUAAGUUUUGGGAAGUGAUAUCCGAUGAACAUGGAAUCGAUUCAACUGGCGCUUACCAUGGAGAAUCUGAUUUACAGCUGGAAAGAAUAAAUGUCUAUUACAAUGAAGCUUCAGGAGGCAAAUAUGUGCCGAGAGCUAUUCUUGUGGAUUUGGAACCCGGAACUAUGGAUUCUGUUCGCUCUGGCCCAUUUGGGCAAUUGUUUAGGCCUGACAACUUUGUCUUUGGUCAAAGUGGUGCCGGUAACAAUUGGGCAAAGGGUCACUAUACUGAAGGUGCCGAGCUGGUGGAUUCCGUGCUGGACGUUGUGCGAAAGGAAUCCGAGAGUUGUGAUUGUCUGCAGGGUUUUCAGAUGACGCACUCGCUCGGAGGAGGCACGGGAUCUGGAAUGGGAACUCUCCUUAUUUCUAAAAUCAGAGAAGAAUAUCCGGAUAGGAUUAUGAAUACUUUUAGUGUAGUUCCAUCACCGAAGUUGAAAGAUGCCAUCAAGGGAUGCCACUUCAAGAAUGCAGAUGAGGUUAUGCAGAGUGUGACGUCUUACAGGUACUGUCGCAAGACUGCUUUCAAGAAAGUUUUCAGCAGCUGUAUUAACGUAGCCAAAUUGAUAACGCUUUUGACUUUUGGCCAGCUUUUUGGGAUUUGGCCCCACUGUGUUGCAACGUAUGGAGAUUUAAAUCAUCUUGUAUCUGCAACAAUGUCAGGUGUAACCACUUGUCUUAGAUUUCCAGGUCAACUGAAUGCAGAUUUACGGAAAUUAGCUGUUAACAUGGUGCCAUUUCCUCGUCUACAUUUCUUUAUGCCUGGAUUUGCUCCUCUGAAUUCUAGAGGAAGUCAACAAUAUAGAGCACUGAGUGUUCCUGAUUUGACUCAGCAAAUGUUUGAUGCCAAGAACAUGAUGGCCGCCUGCGAUCCACGUCAUGGUCGUUAUCUUACUGUUGCUGCUAUAUUCCGUGGGCGAAUGAGUAUGAAGGAAGUUGAUGAACAGAUGAUGAAUAUACAGAAUAAAAAUAGCAGCUAUUUUGUUGAAUGGAUUCCGAAUAAUGUUAAAACAGCUGUUUGUGAUAUUCCUCCUCGUGGUUUGAAGAUGUCUGCAACUUUCAUCGGAAAUAGCACUGCCAUCCAAGAAUUAUUUAAGAGAAUAUCUGAACAGUUUACAGCUAUGUUUCGUCGAAAAGCCUUUUUACAUUGGUAUACAGGUGAAGGUAUGGACGAGAUGGAAUUUACAGAGGCCGAAUCAAACAUGAAUGACUUAGUAUUUGAAUACCAGCAAUAUCAAGAAGCUACUGCUGACGACGAGGGCGAAUUUGAAGAAGAUGAUCUUCAGGAAGAGUAGUCUGCUCAGCACCAAUAAUUGCACAAAUAGAUAAAGUUUUAUUUGAAUGGCUAUUUUUUAUAUGCUACAUUUUGUCAUUUUUUAAGAUAUUUAAUAAGGUUUGAUUUCUUUAACUAAAUAAUAAUAUGAAGAUUUUAUAAAAUCUUCAUUUCAUAAUUGUUGAAAUAAAAGCUGUUUUUAGAAAUUAGACUAACUGUUUUUGAAUUAUUACAUCUUUUUUAAAUCCUAAUAUCACAUAUAGAAUAUGUGUAGUAUGUGCAUGUGCAUAUAAUAUAAAGUUAUCAAUUAAGAAUGCAGAAAAUUACAAGAUACCAUAAGUAUCCUAAUUUAAAAAAUGUUUUGUAAUUAUAUAUGUUAAACGUUUAAUCGUAAUUAUAUAUUUUAUAGCUAGUUAUAACUUUGGGCAGACAUCUGAUAAAUUAUGAUAGAAGCAUGCUUUUCUAUAUGAUAAAAGAUUUUCAAAAACAGGAAAUUAACAUAGAACAGUUUUUAACCUUAAUUCAUAUAAUUUCUUUACGGUUGUAUAGUAAUGGUCACUUUAUAUGAAAAUUGCCAUUCUGAUAAAAUUUUAUUAAAUUAAAUAUGAUUGUUCUGACCAUUGUAAAUCAUAAUACAGAAUGAUAAAAUGUUGAUGUUUUAUUAUGGUAAUUUUCAAUUUAUAUACGUUGAGUAAUAUCAAAACAUACUCAUUACAUUUUUUAAAAAUCUGAAUCAAAAUAUACAGUAAUACCUUGGUUUUUGUUGACUUUGGUUAUCAUCGAUUUCAGUUUUCGUCUAUUUUUUUCACAAAAAAUUUGCCUCAGAUUUUGUUUGUGUGCCCAUGUGACUCACUGCAAAUUUUCAAAAACAAAGGGAGACCCAUGCAUUUUCCUGCUCAGUUUAGCAUUGUUUCUUGUAGUGUGAGCAUUACUCUGCAUGUCUAGCUAAACAACUGCUCUAUGGCCGCCUACUACUCUGGGGGUCCCAAGAUCGACUGUGGAAGGGGAAAAUAUCCGUAGGAAUUUUUCGGAAAGUGGUCCAUCCGGAUAUGUUGGGCCUGUUCCUCUCCACCCGACUGCCCCAUUGUGGGCUUGGCCAAACCUAUAAUGGGCUUGCUAAAAAGAUUUCCUCUUAGUGCCCACAGGGCAGAUAGUUUUAAAAAAAAA